AUGUCCGAUCCAAGCUCGAUAAAUGGUGGUAUAGUUGUGGCAAUGGCCGGUAAGGAUUGUGUGGCCAUCGCCUCAGAUCUUCGUCUAGGGAGUCAGUCUCUUGGUGUUUCCAACAAAUUUGAGAAGAUAUUUCAUUAUGGACACGUCUUUCUCGGUAUCACAGGGUUAGCCACCGAUGUGACGACAUUGAGUGAGACAUUUCGUUACAAGACGAAUUUAUACAAGCUGAGGGAGGACAGACCGAUUGAGCCAGAGACGUUCACACAAUUGGUUUCUAGCACUCUGUAUGAGAGGCGGUUUGGGCCAUAUUUUGUAGGGCCUGUAGUGGCGGGCAUCAAUUCUAAGACUGAGAAGCCUUUCAUCGCAGGGUUCGACUUGAUCGGUUGUAUUGACGAAGCCAAAGACUUCAUCGUAAGCGGAACUGCUUCUGACCAACUAUUUGGUAUGUGUGAAUCCCUGUACGAGCCUAAUUUAGAGGCAGAAGAUCUUUUUGAAACCAUAAGUCAGGCACUUCUAAACGCAGCAGAUCGUGAUGCACUUUCAGGUUGGGGUGCCGUAGUGUACAUUAUAAAGAAGGAUAAGGUGGUAAAAAGAUACUUGAAGACAAGACAAGAUUGA